AUGGCUUCCUCCAUUAACCUCCUCCUUCUCUUCUUCUUCUUCCUUUGUUCUCCGAUCACUUCCUUACAAACGGAGAAGAAGAAGACUUUCAUUUUCCGCGUGGACAGUGGAUUGAAACCAUCCGUUUUCUUUACGCAUUACCACUGGUACAGUUCCGAGUUCGCCGAGGGUUCUCAAAUCCUCCAUUCAUACAACACAGUCUUCCACGGCUUCUCCGCCACGGUUACACCCAACGACGCCGAGAUCCUCCGUAACCAUCCCGCGGUUCUCGCGGUUUUCGAAGAUCGCCGCCGUGAGCUUCACACCACUCGUUCUCCUCAGUUCCUAGGCCUCCGUAACCAGAAAGGACUCUGGUCUAACUCCGAUUACGGAUCCGAUGUAAUCAUCGGCGUUUUAGACACCGGAAUCUGGCCGGAGCGGAGGAGCUUCUCUGAUCUAAACCUUGGACCGGUUCCGAAACGUUGGAGAGGCGUUUGUCAGACGGGAGCUAGAUUCGAGAGUGGAAACUGUAACCGGAAAAUCGUCGGCGCUAGAUUCUUCGCUAAAGGACAGCAAGCCGCCGUGAUCGGCGGAAUCAAUCAAACGGUUGAGUUUCUAUCGCCGCGAGACGCCGAUGGACACGGAACUCAUACCGCUUCAACCGCCGCAGGACGUCAAGCCUUUAGGGCUAGUAUGGCUGGCUACGCCGCUGGUGUUGCCAAAGGCGUGGCUCCUAAGGCUCGUAUCGCUGCCUACAAAGUGUGUUGGAAAGACUCCGGCUGUUUAGAUUCCGAUAUCCUCGCCGCCUUUGACGCUGCUGUCUCGGACGGAGUCGACAUUAUCUCUAUCUCCAUAGGUGGAGGAGAUGGAAUCCCUUCGCCGUAUUACCUUGAUCCCAUCGCGAUAGGCUCUUACGGUGCGGCGUCGAUGGGAGUCUUCGUCUCCUCCUCCGCCGGAAACGACGGACCUAACGGUAUGUCGGUUACAAACUUAGCGCCGUGGGUGACCACUGUGGGAGCAGGAACAAUCGAUAGAGAUUUUCCGGCCGAUGUUAUUCUCGGGGAUGGACACCGUCUCCGAGGUGUUUCUCUCUACUCCGGGGAGCCUUUAAAUGGCCGGAUGUUCCCGGUGGUUUAUCCGGGGAAGACCGGAAUGUUAGCUGCUUCUCUAUGUAUGGAGAAUUCGCUUGAUCCUAAGCUUGUGAGAGGUAAAAUUGUGAUUUGCGACCGUGGAAGCAAUCCUAGAGUGGCUAAAGGACUAGUGGUGAAGAAAGCAGGCGGCGUCGGGAUGAUACUCGCUAAUGCCGCCUCUAACGGCGAAGGCUUAGUCGGAGAUGCUCACCUUAUCCCGGCUUCGAACGUUGGAUCAAGCGCAGGUGAGAGGAUCAAGGCCUACGCUUUGACUCAUCCAAAUCCUGUAGCUACAAUAGAUUUUAAAGGGACGGUGAUCGGAGUUAAACCGGCUCCGGUCGUGGCUUCGUUCUCCGGUAGAGGACCAAACGGAUUAAACCCGGAGAUUUUAAAACCCGACCUGAUUGCUCCAGGUGUUAACAUUUUGGCGGCUUGGACCGAUGCCGUGGGGCCUACGGGAAUGGUUUCUGAUCGCCGGAAAACAGAGUUUAACAUUCUCUCAGGUACUUCGAUGGCUUGUCCUCACGUUAGUGGAGCAGCAGCUCUGCUCAAAUCUGCUCAUCCGGAUUGGAGCCCCGCCGCUAUAAGAUCCGCUAUGAUGACAACGGCGAGUCUCGUGGAUAACUCCAACCGCUCGUUGAUCGACGAAUCCACCGGAAAACAUUCGACGCCUUAUGACUUUGGUUCGGGUCAUCUCAAUCUUGGUCGAGCAAUUGAUCCUGGUCUUGUCUACGACAUAACCAACGACGACUACAUUGCGUUUCUCUGCUCCAUAGGCUACGAGACGAAAACGAUUCAGGUGAUUACAAGAACGCCAGUGAGAUGUCCGAGGAGGAAACCGUCGCCGGAUAAUCUGAAUUACCCGUCGAUCACUGCCUUGUUCCCUACGUCAAAUAGAGGUUUCUUGAGCAAGACUCUAGUCCGGACUGUGACCAACGUUGGACAGCCCGAAGCGGUUUAUAGGGCGUGGAUAGAGUCGCCUAAGGGAGUGACAGUGACUGUCACGCCGUCUAGGUUGGUGUUCACGUCGGCCGUUAAGAAACGGAGCUAUGUUGUAACGGUGACGUUGGAUACGAAGAAUCUGGUGUUGGGUGCGUCAGGUGCUGCGUUCGGGUCUGUUACGUGGUCUGACGGUGGACGACAUGUUGUUCGUAGCAUCGUUGUGGUCACACAGAUUAACACGUUGUGA